AUGCCCAAUAGACUCAAGACCAUAGCAAUUGUCAACGGUACAGGUCGUCAGGCUGCGUCGGUCAUUCGGGCAGUCGCAGCUGUCGGCUAUGCCGUCCGGGCCCAUGUCCAUUCAUUGAAAGGCCUGGUGGCUGAGGAGCUCGCCGACUUACCCAAUGUCAGGUUGUUCGAGGGACCCUUGCUGAACAACCAGGUCCUCAUCGACACUGUGUUUGAAGGUGCUCAGAUUGCCUUUAUCAACACCAACCCUUUGGGUGGCGAUGAGAUCAAAAUCGGCAAGGCACUGGCCAAUGCGGCUAAGAAGCGCAACAUACAACACUUCAUAUACAGCAGCAUGCCCGAUCAUUCAAUUCACAAUCCACGCUGGCCGGCACUUCCCCAGUGGGCAUGCAAGUUCACGGUGGAAAAUUACAUUCGACAGCUUGGACUCCCUGCGACCUUUGUCUAUGCUGGAAUCUACAACAACAAUUUCACCAGUCUACCAUACCCAUUGUUCUGCAUGGACUUCAAGGACGAUGGAACUCUGGAAUGGCGAGCACCUUUCCAUCCCGACACCAAAUUGCCCUGGCUAGAUGCUGAGCACGAUGUUGGGCCAGCUGUCUUGCAGAUUUUCAAGGAUGGACCCGGUAAAUGGAAUGGACACAGGUACGUUACCGCGAGUUUUUCCUCUACAACAACCCUUGAUCCUGGGUCACAUGGGGUCGGGCUGAUCAUAACCAUUUUUGACGGGAUCAAGGUGGUAAGCAACAUGAGCAAAGAACUUGGGUCUAACAGUUGGAUUUGUUCUAGGAUUGCUCUUGCCUUUGAGAUGCUCACCCCGUUGCAAGUUUGUCAGGCAUUUGAAAAGGCGUUGGAUCGACCCUGUAAAUAUGUCUUCAGUAAACGGAUCGAGAUCAAGGUACCCAUCCCCAACGGAUAUAGAGAGCAACUUGCUGGAAUCGAAAUUCUGUUUGGUGAAUACAAUGCGCCGUACUUUCCGGGCCCGGAUUUCGAAUACGAUACAAGGCGCAAGGGCAGCAACGACACGAUUACGGGAAAAAGCAGCACCGAGGCAUCUCGCAAAACCAAAGCUGGCAAACUCACAGACGAAGCGCGAUCCCUUUGGCCACCGUAUAGAUCCAUCUACGAAUAUGCGAAAGAGGCAUUUGUCAUUGAGGAGGAGGCCAACGGGAAAACUUGGAUGAUCGAUAAAAGUGUCAGCACUUGA